UUUGUUCAACAAAAAGUUCGUAGUCGGAAAUCGAAACUCGAAAGCCAAGAGAUCUUCUUUUUUUUCCCUCUUUUCUUGUCCAAUUUCCUUUUCUUUAAAAGUUUCCUUUACAUGACCCAUGUCGAAAAAACAGCAUGAUUAUUAUUACUCCUACACAAGUCCUCCAUCCACUUGCCCAUUUCCUUCUUCGUCACAGGCAUCAGCAGCAACACCUUCAGCACCUUCAAUAGAGGAAGUCACCAGUAAUUCUGAUAUGCCUUCCCCACCUGGUUAUAAUGAGGCCAUACAAAGUAUGGAUUCUACAAUGCCUUUCAGUGUUCCUCCGGCAAACAAACCUGAAUUUGAAGGGUUUAUCCGCGAUGACUCGAUUCCUUCUUUUAAUCCGUCUUCACCAUCAUCAUCCACAGUUCCAGCAGAUACGUCUUCUUCCUUUCCUUUACCAUCACCUUCUAACAACAAUAUCCCAACAGAUACUAUAUCCAGGUCUAUCCUUACAACUGGCGAUUAUGACGAUCCAUACCUUGAUGAAGAGCAAUAUCAAGACCAACAUAGUCAACCUUUACUUCGAGAUCCUUUCCAAGGCCGUCCUCCUCCUCCAAAUUAUUCUGUGUACCGUGCCAAGUAUGAAAUCCAAUCUUCUGGUAUUCUUUCUCGGGACAUCCACUUGAACAAUGAUGGUGAAGCCUUGGCACAAUUUUUACAUCAACACAAUAAUGCUCCAGAAAUGAAAGUCAAAUUUCAUGGAUAUCAUGAAGAAACUUAUUAUCGAACUAGAAACACUCGUGAUGAAGAAGGGAAUUGGCGUGAAGAACGAGAACCUGUGACGAAACGAGUGGAUGACUUCCAAUUUGAUAUUGAUUGUAGCAACAUGGUCUCUCCAGAAUGUCGUGGUCUCUAUGUAUUACCUGAUCCAAAAACUGGCCAAGUUAAAACUGUACGUGAAUUAUGUGAUGAUUAUGUUCAUGAAUCAAAUAACCUCAAGGAAUUACGAUUAACCAAGGUGAUUGAUUGGGAUUAUGCUCAACUUACUCGAGCAUUCACAUCGGCGAUUCGUGCAUAUGGAUACUAUCAUAGUGUGGAUAUCUCGUAUGAAAUGAAGAAUUACAAAGUCACUAUCAAAACCAAUUCCACUUUAUCAAGAAUGUCAGAUCACAAAGCCGUCCGAUUCUUCUUCUUCAUCACUUGUCUAUGGAUUAUUGCGUGGCCCAUCCUUUGGUUAUGCAAGAAACAAUUUGGUCAUACAUCCUUGAAAAGCGAAUGGGCUAUGAAGGUCACUGAACAGCAAUGGUAUGAAGAACAUAUACACGAGGUCUUGGGACAAAUCUAUCGCACUCCACGUUAUGCCAAUGUACCUUUUAUCCUCUAGUUACUUUUUUUUUUUUAAUCUCAUGUGUAGCGUCAUUUUAUUUUUAGUCUAUAUUUCUCUCCUUUUUUUAGUUCUAUUCUCUUCAUUUAUUAUUGUUGUAGUAUUAGUCCCGUUUUUGAAGCUUACACUUUUGUAUUUUUACAACUUUUUUUUUUUUACCGAUAAACAAAAUCAAUAAAUGAUAUUGAUGAUAUAUA